ACUUAGAAACACUGAAGUCCCAAGGACUUCAUAGUGAAGAUGUCCUUGGGACAACUGGGUACAAACUUUCAAAAUCUUUCUGGGUAGUUUGGAGGCCCUUUUGGGCCCAUUUGAACUUCCAGAUGAGGUAAUGGAUGCCUUAUUUGAGCAGGAGCCAGCCUGGGACAGAGGCAAUUAAUAGUCAGGCUAUGCACCUGAUUUUGGAGGGCAGCUCCAGGGCCAGGAGUACUUAUUUCUUAAAAAAAAACAUUCUUAAAGGAGCCAGUGCCAUCUUCGGGCCCUACUUGCUGGGAGAGUGCCACUGGACCCUCUUUCAUUGCAACUUGAAACAGGGAACUAUUACCUACAUCGACUCCUUGGGGGAGCAACCACAGCAUUGCUUCCAAAUAAUGGAAAAUUGGAGCUUAUUUGCUGCUAGCAGAGGCUGCCAAGGGCCCUGGAAGAUGAUGAAGAGGGACCAUGACUCACAAAACGACUCUUUGUCAUGUGGGGUGUUCUCACUAAUGUUUGCAGAAAUGAUCCUCCAGGGACAACAAGGGCACCUCCAAUGCCUCCCUAUCGCUCAAGAGCGGGAGAGACUUGGGACUUUGUUGUUCAACUCCCUUGAUGUGAAAAUAACAGUGCAAAAGAACCUGUUGCAAAGAGAGCUAAAGCAAAUAAGCAUCCCACUUGGUCACGGAAAACAGAGGAUGAUAUUGACAUGGGUCCACAGGCUCUGAGAUUCCUGCCCACACGGGAACCUGGACCACAACUAAGACCAUGUGAUGCACACACUCCCAUGAGUCUAUUCAAAAAGUUUAUUUCUGAAACUGCUGUGUCAAUUCACCAAUGCUCAGGCUGCCAGGGCAUGUGCAAAGGGACAUGGAUAUAAAUGGACAGAUUUUUCAGCAUCAGUGAGCUGUACUGCUACAUUGGGCUACUCUUCUACAUGGCCAUGGUGAAGUUGAGUUCCAUCACAGACUACUGGUGGCAGAACAAUCUUUUCUCUGUUCCUUUUCCUGCCACAAUCAUGUCAAGGGACAGAUACUGCUCCAUUUCAUGGAAUCUGCACGAGUCACCCAGAUGCAGACCAGGACAAUGACAAAAAGAGGGGGAAGGCUAAACAUGACCAUCUUUUCAGAGUCAGGCCCCUCAUGGACACAAUCCGGAUUUCAAUGUAAGGCCAUCUGUCAACCAAGAAAUAAUUUGGCAGUGUAUAAAAGAAUGGUGGCAUGCAAAGCAAACACAGGAGUGACUCAGUACAUGAAAGCCAAGCCAACUAAAUGGGGCUUCAAGUUGUUUGUUCUUGUGGGCUCAUCAAAUGGAUAUACUGUAGAUUUAGCUGUUUACAAAGGAAAGAAACACUUUUCCACAGGCCAUGAACUUUCAUAUGACGCUCUGACAUCUCUGUUAUGAUUUCUCUGUGAUGGGUACCAUGUAUACAUGGAUCACUUUUACACUAGUCCCAAGCUCCUAAGAGACUUGUUUGCUUUGAAGUUGCAUGUGGGACUUACAGAGACAACAGGAAAGAUUGCCCUCAGAAUGCAGCUAACUCACUCAGCAAAAAAUCUGUGAGGGGAUCCAUCAGGUGGAUUCGAGACAAACAUCUUGUGUUUGUGAAAUUGUAUGUAGACACGAGAGGUGUCUGUCUGCUGACCUCAGAUGCCACAACUGGUCGUCGGACUUGUGUGCUUUGCAAAGCAAAGCAUGGUAAGAGGCAGGACACUCCUUGGAAAUGCCAGGCAUGUGAUGUGCACUUGUGUGUCCAGGUGAAAAGGAACUGUUUCCUAGAGUGGCACAAAGAUGUAUAACUGUACAAUUCUGGGUACUGUGUGACAGAGUGACCCUUUUUUUUGUUUAUCUUGCACUUUUCCCUUUUUUUCAGUUUCACCUUGAUUGUGUCUUCUGUGUUUUUGCUAACUUCUAAAGUUAUUUUGUGUGAUAGUUAAA